CCGAGCCGCGCCUUUUGCAAAGCGCGCUUCUCUCCCUCAGCCUGUUGGAGCCACCCGGGCAAGCCCGAGAGGUGUACAGAUGAGGAAAGUCAGGCUCAGAGAGAGUUGUCCUUCCUACUCUCUUGUCUUGAAGGGAGGGUGCUCAGGUGACCUCCGAGACAGGUGGACUGGCCGCUGAGCGUGGGCUUUCGCCGGCGCCGAGGGCGUCCCCAACCUAAAAUGCCCUGAACCGACUCUUCGGGAAGCAUCUCCGGAGCUCAGGGCACACAAGUCAUGAGGUUUUGGGUUAAAGCCGUGGACUUGAAUCUGUCCCAACUUUGCAACGCUGACCUUGCGGAGUGACUAGGGCAGGUUACCUAACCUGUGCUUCAGGUCUCUCAUCCAGAAAACUUGAGGUCCAGUCAGAACAUACAACAUGAAUGACAUGGAUUGCUCAUCUCAGGAGAUCCCCAAGAGUGACUCGAUACAUCACAUGAGCCGCAUCCAGAUGCAGCCAGAGCUGCCGCCUCUGCCUGCGUCUGCUAACGAGGAACCAUCUGAACUCUACAAGAUGGUCAUGUCGCAUAGCUUUCAUCCCCCCUUGAUGCAACGCACAUCAUGGACCUUGGCUGUACCCUUCAAAGAGCAACAGCACCACCGUGGACCCAGCGACUCCAUUGCCAACAAUUACUCCCUGAUGGCCCAGGACUUGAAGCUCAAGGGCCUGCUGAAGGCCUGCCAGCCAGUCACCAUCAGUGCCCCUAAGGAAAGGGUCGUUGAGAAGCUGCCAUCAGCAACUAAAAGCUCAUCAGAGCCCAACAAGAAGAAAAUGAAGUUCUCCCCCGCAGACAAAGAGGAUCCCACUGGGAAGAAGGAGGUGGGGACCUUUUUGACCUCGCCGGGAAGCAGACCCAUGAGUCCAGAAGAACAGAUUAAUGUGAUGCUACAGGAGGAGAUGGAAAUGGAAAGUAAAGAAGCCAAGCCAUCCGAAUCAGACUUGGAGAGAUACUAUUACUAUUUGACCAAUGGAAUCCGAAAAGACAUGAUUGCUCCAGAAGACGGCGAAGUGAUGGUGCGGAUUUCAAAGUUGAUUUCUAACACGCUGCUGACAAGUCCCUUCCUGGAACCCCUGGUGAACGACCUCGUGGAGGAGAAGAAAAAUGACUAUUACAGUAGCCUCAUGAAAAGCAUCGUUGAUUACAUCCUCAUCGACCCAGCGGAGAGAAAGAGACUCUUCAUCGAGAGUGUGCCCCGCACGUUUCCGCAAAGAGUGAUCCGGGCCCCUGUGCCCUGGCACAGCGUCUACCGGAAUGCCAGGCAAUGGAACGAGGAGCAUCUGCACACGGUGAAUCCCAUGAUGCUCGGCCUGGAGGAGCUGUGGUUUGCAGAAUUUAAAGACCUCCGGUUUGUGCGAACAGAGGAAUUACUGGCGGGAAAACUGCCUCUGCAGCCGCACGAGUAUCGGGCUGUGAUCCAGAAACAUUGCAUGGAAGCGCGCCAGAUUCUUCUCAACAAAUGGAUCCCCACCUGUGCCCAGCUUUUUGUCUCACGGAAGGAGCAGUGGGUCCAUUUUGCUCCCAAGAGCGACUACGACUCCUCUCAGCCCCUUGAGGGAUAUUUUGCUUCUGUCGCAUCCUUCAUGUCACUGCAACUCAGAGAGCUGGUCAUUAAGUCUCUCGAGGACCUCGUUUCCUUUUUCAUGAUAUACAAGGAUGGGAACGAUUUCGAGGAGCCUUACCAGGAGAUGGAGUUCUUCACACCUCAGCUGAUUGUGGUCAACCUGGAAGUCAAUGAGCCCAUUGUUGUCUUCAGUCCAUCUUUUGAUGGCUGCUGGGAACUCAUACACAACUCUUUCUUGGAAAUUAUUAAGAACUCUGAGGGCAUCCCCAAGGUGGAAUCUGUCCUGUUCUCAGAAUUGAAAGGAUGUAAUCUGAUUCUUCGAACUGUUAACCCUGAAGAAAAACUGGUUUCUGAUUUUGUGGAUCAAGCUUUCGUGGUAUUUCAGAAAAACCAAGUUGGUCCGCACAAGUACUUAAAUGUAUACAAAAAGUAUAAUGACCUCUUGGAUAGCAUGGCAGAACAAAAUAUCACUGCAUUUCUGAAAGAAAAUCAUGAAAUUGAGGAUUUUGUGACGAGGAUCAACAGCAUAAAAAAACGGAGAAACGAAAUUGCGUCCAUGCACAUUUCCGUGCCGUUGGCCAUGUUCUGCCUUGACGCCAUGUGUCUAAAUUAUGAUCUCUGUGAGCGAGCCCAAAAUCUUAGUGACCGUCUGAUUCACUUCCAAGUGGAUAUAAACCGGAACACCAAUACCAGCAUCUGCAGUCAGUACAGCGACAUCGCAGACAAGGUCAGUGAGAUUCCCGCCAACACGGAGGAGCUCGUGACGCUCAUUAAAUUCUUAAAGAAAUCCAGUGACGUCACUGUGUUCAAACUCCGGAGGCAACUGAAAGAUGCAAUCGAACGGCUGGAGUUCCUGAUGGAUUAUGCAGACUUGCCCCAAAAGGAUAUCAAAUUAAACAGCGCUCUGCUCCUCUGGCCAGACCAGAUUGAAGACGUCUUUGAAAACAGCCGAAACCUGCUCUUUAGCAAGAGGGACCAGGCAGAGAUGGACCUCGUGAAAAGGUGCUCAGUGUUCGAGUUGAAACUCGAGGGCUACAGCAAGGAACUGGAAGGUUUCAGGAAGCGUGAAGUGAUGACUGCAGAAGAAAUGAAGCACAACGUGGAAAAGCUUCACGAGCUUUCUAAGCACCUAGACCAGGCGCUCGUGGAGUUUGAGAUGAUCAACAAGGAGGAGGAGCUGUUGGAAAGGGAGAAGAGCACCUUCCCUCUCCUGCAAACGGUGAUGACCAACAAAGUGCCCUACGAGCAGCUGUGGGUGACGACGUAUGAGUUCAGCACCAAGUCCGAGGAGUGGAUGAACGGACCCCUCUUUUUACUGAAUGCUGAGGAAAUCGUGGAGGAAAUAGGGCUUAUGUGGAGGACGAUAUACAAAUUGACCAAGACCUUCGCCGACGUGCCUGCACCCAGACGCUUAGUGGAGAAUGUGAAAAUGAAGAUUGAGAAGUUCAGGCAGCAUGUACCUGUCCUCACCAUUUCCUGCAACCCGGGGAUGAAAGAUCGGCACUGGCAGCAGAUCAGUGAGCUCAUCGGCUAUGAAAUAAAGCCCACAGAAACGACUUGUCUCGCAAAUAUGCUGGAAUUUGGAUUCAGCAAAUUCAUUGACAAACUAGAGCCCAUUGGAGCAGCCGCCAGCAAGGAAUACUCUCUGGAGAAAAACCUGGACAAGAUGAAGCUAGACUGGGUUAACCUGACUUUCAACUUCGUGAAGUACAGAGACACCGAUACAAGCAUCUUGUGUGCAGUUGAUGACAUUCAACUCCUGCUGGAUGACCACGUAAUAAAGAUCCAGACCAUGUGUGGGUCCCCAUUCGUCAAACCAAUAGAAGCAGAAUGCCGGAAGUGGGAAGAAAAGCUAGUCCGUGUGCAGGAAAAUUUGGACGCCUGGUUGAAAUGCCAAGCCACCUGGCUGUACCUGGAACCGAUCUUCAGUUCAGAGGACAUCAUAGCCCAGAUGCCAGAAGAGGGCAGGAAAUUUGCCGUUGUUGAUGGUUACUGGAAAUCAUUCAUGUCCCAAGCGGUGAAAGAUGCCAGGGUCCUGAUGGCAGCAGACCAGCCACGGAUGGCUGAGAAGCUUCAAGAAGCCAACUCUCUGUUGGAGGAAAUCCAGAAGGGGCUAAAUGAUUACUUAGAGAAGAAGAGACUCUUUUUCCCCAGGUUCUUCUUCCUGUCAAAUGAUGAGCUGCUGGAGAUCUUGUCAGAGACCAAGGACCCCCUCCGAGUGCAGCCACACUUGAAGAAGUGCUUUGAAGGAAUUGCCAAGCUGAAGUUUACGGGCAGUCUGGAGAUUGUGGGCAUGAUCAGCUCAGAGAAAGAAACCGUUCCAUUCCAAAAGAAAAUCUACCCAGCUCAAGCCAAAGGCAUGGUGGAGAAGUGGCUGCAGCAGGUGGAACAGACUAUGCUCACCAGCAUGCGGGAAGUUAUUAGACUUGGGAUGGAAGCAUAUGUCCAGGUCCCUCGUAACCACUGGGUAUUACAGUGGCCUGGCCAGGUGGUUAUCUGCGUUUCCUCCAUCUUUUGGACCCAGGCGGUGUCCCAAGCCAUGGUGGAAAAGACCCUCCCGGACUUCCUGGAAAAGAGCAAUGAUCAGAUUGCACAGAUUGUCCAGCUGGUGCGAGGGAAGCUGAGCAGCGGGGCGCGUCUCACCCUCGGGGCCCUCACGGUCAUUGAUGUCCACGCUCGCGACGUGGUGGCCAAGUUGUCUGAGGACAGCGUGUGUGACCUGAACGAUUUCCAGUGGAUCUCGCAGCUGCGCUACUACUGGGAGGCCCAGGACGUGCAGGUGCAGAUGAUCACGACGGAGGUCCAGUACGGCUAUGAGUACCUGGGCAACUCGCCCCGCCUGGUCAUCACACCCCUCACCGACCGCUGCUACAGGACACUGAUGGGGGCUUUGAAGCUGAAUCUUGGGGGAGCCCCAGAGGGUCCAGCUGGGACAGGCAAGACAGAAACUACCAAAGAUCUGGCCAAAGCUUUAGCCAAGCAGUGUGUGGUCUUCAACUGCUCAGAUGGUCUGGAUUACAAAGCCAUGGGGAAGUUCUUCAAGGGGCUGGCCCAGGCUGGAGCGUGGGCCUGCUUUGAUGAGUUCAACAGGAUUGAGGUCGAGGUGCUGUCCGUGGUGGCCCAGCAGAUUCUCAGCAUCCAACAAGCCAUCAUCCGGAAGCUGAAGGUGUUCGUCUUUGAAGGCAGCGAGCUCUCUCUGAACCCAACGUGCGCUGUCUUCAUCACCAUGAACCCCGGCUAUGCUGGCAGGGCGGAGCUGCCCGACAACCUCAAGGCUUUGUUCCGGACAGUGGCCAUGAUGGUGCCAGAUUAUGCGCUCAUUGGAGAAAUCUCUCUCUAUUCGAUGGGGUUUCUGGACUCCAGAAGUCUCGCCCAGAAGAUUGUGGCGACCUACCGCCUGUGCUCGGAGCAACUUUCCUCCCAGCAUCACUAUGACUACGGCAUGCGGGCCGUCAAGUCUGUGCUCACGGCCGCCGGCAACCUGAAGCUCAAGUACCCAGAGGAGGACGAGAGCGUCCUGCUGCUCCGGGCAUUGCUGGAUGUCAACCUGGCCAAGUUCCUGGCUCAAGAUGUCCCUCUGUUUCAGGGAAUUAUAUCAGAUUUGUUUCCUGGAGUUGUUCUUCCAAAGCCAGACUACGAAGUUUUUAUGGAAGCACUGAAUAAGAACAUCAAAAAGAUGAAACUCCAGCCAGUUCCUUGGUUUAUUGGGAAAAUUAUCCAGAUCUACGAGAUGAUGAUGGUGAGACAUGGCUUUAUGAUCGUCGGAGACCCCAUGGGUGGCAAGACCUGUGCUUAUAAAGUAUUGGCUGCAGCUCUGAGUGAUUUAAACCAAGCCAACCAGAUGGAGGAAUUCCCCGUGGAGUACAGGAUCAUCAACCCCAAAGCCAUCACCAUGGGGCAACUGUACGGGUGCUUUGACCUCGUGAGCCAUGAAUGGACUGACGGCGUUCUCGCCAACACGUUCCGGGAGCAAGCGUCUUCAAUGUCUGAGGAGCGCAAGUGGAUUGUAUUCGAUGGGCCAGUGGAUGCUAUUUGGAUCGAAAACAUGAACACGGUUCUGGAUGACAAUAAAAAGCUGUGUUUGAUGAGUGGGGAGAUUAUCCAGAUGAGCCCCAAGAUGAGUCUGAUCUUCGAGCUGGCCGACCUGGAGCAGGCGUCUCCCGCCACUGUGAGCAGGUGCGGGAUGAUCUACAUGGAGCCCCACCAGCUGGGCUGGAAGCCCCUGAAGGACUCGUACAUGGACACACUGCCCUCCAGCCUCACAGAGAAGCACAGGGAACUGGUCAAUGACAUGUUCAUGUGGCUUGUCCAGCCCUGCCUGGAGUUUAUUCGCCUUCAGUGUAAAUUUGUAGUACAAACGUCUCCCACCCACCUUGCCUUCUCAAUGAUGAAGCUGUACUCCUCUCUGCUUGAUGAAAUCAGGCAAAUAAAAGAAGACAACAGUGAAUCACCUGAAGGUCCGACAAGCCAGCAGGUCUUCCUCUGGCUGCAAGGUCUGUUCCUCUUCGCCUUGGUGUGGACCGUGGCCAGUACCAUCAACACAGGCGGCAGAAGGAAAUUCGAUCUCUUCUUCCGCAACCUGAUCAUGGGCCUGGAUGAUAACAACCCAAGGCCCAAAAGCGUCAAACUCACCAAAAACAAUAUCUUUCCAGAAAGAGGAAGCAUCUAUGAUUUUUAUUUCCUCAAGAAAGGUAGUGGACAUUGGGCCACCUGGACAGAGUACAUCACCAAAGAGGAGGAAAUAAUCCCAACUAAUGCAAAGGUCUCAGAACUCAUCAUCCCCACAGUGGAGACAGCCCGGCAGUCAUUCUUCUUGAAAACCUACCUGGACCAUGAGAUUCCAGUGCUAUUUGUGGGACCCACAGGCACUGGCAAAUCAGCCAUCAUCAACAACUUCCUUCUUCACCUUCCCAAAACUACCUACCUGCCCAACUUCAUCAAUUUCUCGGCCAGGACCUCAGCCAAUCAGACCCAGGACAUCAUCAUGUCCAAGCUGGAUCGGCGGCGGAAGGGCCUCUUUGGGCCUCCCAUUGGGAGGAAGGCAGUGAUAUUUGUGGAUGACCUCAAUAUGCCCGCCAAAGAAGUGUAUGGGGCCCAGCCCCCCAUUGAGCUCCUGAGGCAAUGGAUUGACCACGGUUACUGGUUCGACAAGAAGGACACCACCAGGCUGGACAUUGUGGAUGUGCUGCUUGUGACAGCGAUGGGCCCCCCCGGGGGAGGAAGGAAUGACAUUACUGGACGAUUCACUCGCCAUCUGAAUAUCAUCUCCAUCAACGCCUUUGAGGAUGACAUUUUAACCAAGAUUUUCAGUUCAAUUGCUGACUGGCAUUUUGGGAGAGGGUUUGACGUGAUGUUCCUAAGGUAUGGAAAGAUGCUGGUCCAGGCGACUAUGACAAUUUAUAAAGCUGCCGUGGAGAAUUUCUUGCCAACUCCCUCCAAGUCACAUUAUGUCUUUAACCUCCGGGACUUUGCACGGGUGAUCCAAGGGGUACUGCUUUGCCCUCACACCCACCUCCAGGACUUUGAAAAACUUAUCCGUCUUUGGAUCCAUGAGAUUUAUCGGGUCUUCUGUGACCGUCUGAUUGACGAUGAGGACAGACAGGUCUUCUUCAACAUGAUGAAGGAAACCACCUCUAAUUGCUUCAAGCAGACCGUGGAGAAGGUCCUCGUCCACCUGUCACCCUCGGGAAAGAUCGUCGAAGACAACAUUCGUAGCCUCUUCUUUGGCGAUUACUUCAAACCAGAAAGUGACCCCAAAAUCUACGAUGAGAUCACUGACCUGAAACAGCUGACGGUGGUCAUGGAGUACUACCUGGAAGAGUUCAACAACAUCAGCAAGGCCCCCAUGUCCUUGGUCAUGUUCAGGUUCGCCAUCGAGCACAUGUCCAGAAUCUGUAGGGUCCUGAAGCAGAACAAAGGCCACCUGCUCCUGGUGGGCAUCGGGGGCAGCGGGCGGCAGAGCACCAGCAAACUGUCCACGUUCAUCAACUCCUACGAGCUGUACCAGAUUGAGAUCACCAAGAGCUACUCGGGCAGUGAGUGGCGCGAGGACCUGAAGAAGGUCAUGCUGCAGGUGGGCGUGGCCACCAAGAGCACCGUGUUCCUCUUCAGUGACAGCCAGAUCAAGGACGAGUCCUUCAUCGAAGACAUCAACAUGCUCCUGAACACGGGCGACGUGCCCAACAUCUUCGCUGCUGACGAGAAGGCCGACCUGGUGGAGAAGAUGCAGACGGCAGCCAGGACCGAGGCGGGUGGGAAGAUGGAAAUCACGCCCCUUUCGAUGUACAACUUCUUCAUUGAGAGGGUGAAAAAGAACCUGCACAUUGUCCUUGCCAUGAGCCCCGUUGGGGACGCCUUUCGGAACCGUCUGCGGAUGUUCCCUUCCCUGAUCAAUUGCUGUACAAUCGAUUGGUUCCAUUCCUGGCCCACGGACGCCCUGGAGUUGGUGGCUAACAAAUUUCUGGAAGACGUGGAGCUUGAAGACCAUAUUCGGACAGAGGUCAUCUCCAUGUGCAAGUAUUUCCAGGAGAGUGUGAAGGAGCUGUCACUCGAGUAUUACAGCACGCUUCGCAGACACAAUUACGUCACCCCCACCUCGUACCUCGAGUUGAUCCUCACCUUCAAGACGCUCUUGCAGAGCAAGAGGCAGGAGGUUGACACGAUGAGGAACCGCUACCUGACAGGCCUGCAGAAACUCAACUUCGCAGCUUCCCAGGUGGCGGUCAUGCAAGUGGAACUGACGGCACUCCAACCCCAGCUCAUCCUCACCUCCAAGGAGACCGCCAAGAUGAUGGUGAAAAUUGAAAAGGAGACGAGAGAAGCCGAUGCCAAGAAACUCCUGGUGCAGGCAGAUGAAAAAGAAGCCAAUGCCGCUGCGGCCAUUUCUCAAGGAAUCAAGGAUGAAUGUAAGGGGGACCUGGCAGAGGCGAUGCCGGCCCUGGAAGCUGCUCUCGCUGCACUCGACACCCUGAACCCAGCCGACAUCUCGCUGGUGAAGUCGAUGCAGAAUCCCCCAGGCCCUGUGAAGCUGGUCAUGGAGAGCAUCUGUGUCAUGAAAGGGCUGAAGCCAGAGAGGAAGCCGGACCCCAGUGGCAGCGGUAAAAUGGUAGAAGAUUACUGGGGGUUAUCAAAGAAGAUUCUCGGCGAUCUGAAAUUCUUGGAGAGCCUUAAGACGUAUGACAAAGACAGCAUCUCCCCAGUGGUCAUGAAGCGGAUCCGGGAAAGGUUCAUCGAUCACCCAGACUUCCAGCCAGCCGUCAUUAAAAAUGUGUCGUCUGCCUGCGAGGGGCUGUGCAAGUGGGUGAGGGCCAUGGAGGUGUACGACCGCGUGGCCAAAGUGGUGGCCCCCAAGCGGGAGCGGCUGAAGGAGGCCGAGGGCAAGCUGGCCACCCAGAUGCAGAAGCUGAACCAGAAGCGAGCGGAGCUGAAGCUGGUGGAAGACCGCCUGCAGGCCCUGAACGAUGAGUUUGAGGAGAUGAAUAGCAAGAAGAAGACCUUGGAGGAGAACAUCACAAUCUGCUCCCAGAAGCUGAUCAGGGCCGAGAAACUGAUCAGCGGUCUCGGGGGCGAGAAGGACAGAUGGACGGAAGCUGCCCGGGGGCUGGAGGUCUGCUAUACUAACCUGACGGGGGACGUGCUGGUGUCCUCGGGAACUGUGGCUUACCUGGGGGCCUUCACCGUGGAUUACCGGGCCAACUGCCAAAAGCAGUGGCUGGCCCAGUGUAAGGACAGGGCCAUCCCCGGCUCCCACGACUUCAGUCUCAGCAGCACGUUAGGGGAUCCCGUCAAGAUCCGCGCCUGGCAGAUAGCCGGGCUGCCCAUCGAUUCCUUCUCCAUCGACAACGGCAUCAUCGUGUCCAACUCCAGACGCUGGACCCUCAUGAUUGACCCUCAGGGGCAGGCCAAUAAGUGGAUCAAGAACAUGGAGAAAGCGAACAAGCUGUCCGUCAUCAAGUUCUCGGACACCAGCUACAUGAGGACGCUGGAAAACGCUCUGCAGUUUGGCAACCCCGUCUUACUGGAGAACAUCGGAGAAGAGCUGGAUGCCUUCAUCGAGCCCAUCUUGCUCAAGUCCACAUUCAAGCAGCAAGGCGUGGAGUACAUGAGGCUGGGUGAAAACAUUGUCGAGUACUCCAAGGAUUUUAAGUUGUACAUCACCACCCGUCUGAGGAACCCCCAUUACCUCCCCGAAGUCGCUGUAAAAGUCUGCCUCCUCAAUUUCAUGAUCACCCCCUUGGGCCUCCAAGACCAACUUCUCGGCCUGGUGGCCGCCAAGGAGAAGCCAGAGCUGGAAGAGAAAAAGAACCAAUUGAUCGUGGAAAGCGCCAGGAACAAGCAGCAGCUGAAAGAAAUCGAAGAUAAGAUCUUGGAGGUCCUUUCCCUGUCCCAGGGCAACAUCCUGGAGGACGAGACCGCCAUCAAAGCUCUGUCCUCCUCCAAACGGCUGUCUGAGGACAUCUUGGAGAAGCAGGAGAUUGCUUCGAUAACAGAAACGGAGAUCGACGCGACACGGAUGGGCUACAAGCCAGUGGCUGUCCACUCCGCCACCAUCUUCUUCUGCAUCUCCGACCUGGCCCACAUCGAGCCCAUGUACCAGUACUCGCUGGCUUGGUUCCUGAACCUCUACAUGCUGUCUCUGGCCCACAGCCGGAAGAGCGAGCAGCUGGAGCAACGUAUCCUCAACAUCAUCGAGCAUUUCACCCUCAGCGUCUACAACAACGUCUGCCGCUCUCUGUUUGAGAAGGACAAGCUGCUUUUCUCCCUCCUGCUGACCAUCGGUAUCUUGAAAGAGAAGCAGCAGAUCGAUGAGGCAGUGUGGUACUUUCUCCUGACCGGGGGUGUGGCCCUGGACAACCCCUUCCCCAACCCCGUGCCCGACUGGCUGGCUGAGAAGGCGUGGGCCGAAGUGGUGCGCGCGUCAGCGCUGCCGCAGCUCAGAGGCCUGAUGGAGCACGUGCAGCAAUACCCGCAUGCCUGGAAGGUCAUCUAUGACUCGGCCUCCCCCCACGAGGAGAAGUUCCCUGGGUCUUGGAAGUUCCUGCGGGGACUGGAGCGGAUGGCCGUCCUCCGAUGUCUGCGGCCUGACAAGAUGAUUCCAGCCGUCCGCAAGUUCAUUACUGAGCACAUGGGCAACCCAUACGUGGAAGCCCCGACCUUUGACCUCCAGGGCUCCUACGGUGACUCCAGCUGUUGUGUGCCGCUGAUUUUCGUGUUGUCUCCCGGCGCAGACCCGAUGGCAGGACUGCUGAAGUUCGCUGACGACCUUGACAUGGGAGGGGCCAAAACACAGACCAUCUCCCUCGGCCAAGGCCAAGGUCCUAUUGCGGCCAAAAUGAUCCACACGGCCAUCAAAGAUGGGACAUGGGUGGUCUUACAGAACUGCCACCUGGCCACGAGCUGGAUGCCCAUGCUGGAGAAGAUCUGUGAAGAGGUGAUUGUUCCUGAGACCACCAACCUCCAAUUUAGACUCUGGCUAACCAGCUAUCCAUCAGAGAAGUUUCCUGUCAGCGUCCUCCAGAAUGGGAUCAAAAUGACCAACGAGCCCCCCAAAGGGCUCCGUGCCAACCUUCUGCGCUCCUACCUCAAUGACCCCAUCUCGGACUCCAUGUUCUUCCAAAGCUGCACAAAGGCGGUGAUGUGGCAGAAGUUGCUGUUUGGCCUUUGCUUCUUCCACGCCAUCGUUCAAGAGAGGAGGAACUUUGGACCCCUAGGUUGGAAUAUUCCUUAUGAAUUCAAUGAAUCCGACUUGCGGAUCAGUAUGCGGCAGAUCCAGAUGUUUCUGAAUGAGUACAAGGAGGUGCCGUUCGAUGCUCUGACCUACCUGACAGGGGAGUGUAAUUACGGAGGCAGAGUGACCGAUGACAAAGACAGGCGUCUCCUGCUAUCCCUUCUCUCCACGUUCUACUGUAAGGAAAUCGAGCAGGACCAUUACUGUGUCGCUCCCGGAGACACUUACUACAUCCCUCCCCACGGCUCCUACCAGUCCUAUAUCGACUAUCUCAGGAACCUCCCCGUGACAGCCCACCCAGAAGUGUUUGGCCUCCAUGAAAAUGCCGACAUCACCAAAGACAACCAGGAAACCAACCAGCUGUUUCAGGGGGUGCUGCUGACCCUGCCCAGACAAUCGGGAGAGAGUGGCAAGUCUCCUCAGGAAGUGAUUGAGGAGCUGGCCCAGGACAUACUCUCCAAGCUCCCCAAGGACUUUGAUCUGGACAUGGUUAUGAAGCUGUACCCUGUGAUCUAUGAGGAAUCCAUGAACACCGUCCUGAGGCAGGAGCUCAUCAGGUUCAACAGGCUGACCGAAGUGGUUCACGGGAGCCUCAUCAAUCUUGGCCGAGCCAUUAAAGGGCAGGUCCUGAUGUCCUCCGAGCUGGAGGACGUCUUCCGUAGCAUGCUUAUGGGUAAAGUGCCAGCCAUGUGGAUGUCCAAGUCCUACCCGUCGCUGAAGCCCCUCGGGGGCUACGUGGCUGACCUGCUGGCCCGCCUGGCCUUCUUCCAGGAAUGGAUUGACAAUGGACCCCCUGUGGUCUUUUGGAUCUCCGGAUUCUACUUCACACAGUCUUUUUUGACGGGUGUCUCUCAGAAUUAUGCCCGGAAAUAUACCAUCCCCAUCGACCACAUCGGAUUUGAGUUUGAGGUAACCACACAAGAAAUGGUCAUGAAGAGAAACCCAAAAGAUGGGGCCUACAUAAAAGGACUCUUCUUAGAAGGUGCCUGUUGGGACAGGAUAAGGAUGCAGCUCGGGGAGUCUCUCCCCAAAAUCCUCUAUGACACACUGCCCAUCAUUUGGCUGAAACCUGGGCAAAGUGCGACGUUCCAGCACCAGAACAUUUACGUGUGUCCAGUGUAUAAAACAAGUGCCCGCAGAGGAACCCUCUCCACCACAGGCCACUCCACCAACUACGUCCUCUCCAUUGAACUUCCGACAGACAGGCCCCAGAAGCACUGGAUAAACCGAGGGGUAGCCUCUCUGUGCCAGCUGGAUAACUGAUAAUGUCUGUCUCAACACAGCAAAUAAAUGGCCUCUCUUUCUCCACUACGACCUAGCUGUCCUUUCUUGAGGGUCCCAGGGUGUGGUGACGAUGGUGACAGUAAUGCUGAUGGCGCACUCCUGGGAGCCAGGUGUUCAGAGCAGCCCUAGAAAGUAGGGUAUUAUCAUCCUCCUUGACGGCUACAGAAACGGUGAUACAGAGAAGGGCCAGCUGGAAGAGAAUCCUGAGGGAGAUAAAAAUCAAAUUCUUGAUGUAUUACUUCUCAGCUGACUCUCUCAUGUAGCUCUUUGGCUCUAAGUGGCUUCUUCCAGGACAUUCCAUUGGACCGUUCAUCGCUGAGAAAAGACAUAAGGCUGUUUAAGAGUCUUAAUGUGUUUUGCCUGGGAACAUUAAGACACUGCUUCUUCACUAGAAGAAAUGUUCCGACUUGGAUCUUUGAUUUCUUCUGAAUGCAGGAAGCACCUACAAAUCAAAUAAACAUAUCUCGAAACCUUGUUUCUUCGUGGGAAUAGGGCACCGAUCAAAUUCUGAUUGAGGUCUGUGAACUAUAAGAUCAGCAAAUCAUCUAUGUGACCCCGGGAUGAAGUGCCACCGGCCAACUCUCCUAAUCUUACCUGGGGGCAACAGAGAAACAGGAAGAGCCAG